AGAAAAGGGAAGGAAAAAGAGAGGGAGGCGGGGGUGGGGGAAAGGAACAGCAACAGGAACCCAAGUAAGGAGUGGACGAUCUGCAAUGGAAGGGACGAAUAGUAAUAAGGGGGUGGCGGUGUGCGUGACAGGGGCAAAUGGGUUUAUAGGAUCCUGGCUUGUGCGGACGCUGCUGGAUAAGGGUUACAACAUCCACGCCAACAUCCUCCCCGGCAGCGACGCUUCCCAUCUGUGGUCCCUCCUGCCCGGCGGGUGCAGAGGGGAGGGGCGGCUGAGGGUGUUCGAGGCCGACAUUCUGAACGCGGAUGGCGUGCGGAGAGCUGUGGAAGGGUGCGCGGGGGUGUUCCACGUGGCGUCACCCUGCACGCUGGAGGAUCCAAAGAACCCGCAGCUGGAGCUGGUGCUGCCCGCCGUGCAGGGCACCCUCAACGUGCUGGAGGCUGCCAGGAAGGCCAAGGUGAGGUGGGUCGUCGUCACCUCUUCCAUCUCCUCCCUCGUCCCCAAUCCCUCAUGGCCCUCCCACCGUCCUUUUGACGAGUCAUCCUGGACUGACCUCGACUACUGCAAAUCUCGCCAGAAAUGGUAUCCAGUGUCAAAGACAUUAGCAGAGAAGGCAGCUUGGGACUUUGCAGAAAAGCAUGGGAUGGAUGUUGUGACGAUCCUUCCAGCCACCUGUCUGGGUCCACUCCUGCAAUCUCAUUUGAAUGCAAGCUGUGCUGUACUUCAACAGUUGCUGUAGGGAUCAAAGGAGACACAAGAGUACCACUGGCUUGGUGCUGUACAUGUAAAGGAUGUGGCUAAUGCACAGGUGCUGCUCUUUGAGACCUCAUCUGCUUCAGGAAGGUACCUCUGCACAAAUGGUAUAUAUCAGUUUUGUGAUUUUGCUGAAAUGGUAUCCAAAAUAUACCCCAACUUCUCUGUUCACAGGUUUAGCGAGGAAACUCAACGUGGUCUCAUGGGAUGCAAGCAUGCAGCAAAGAGGUUGAUUGAUCUUGGUCUGGUCUUUACACCAGUUGAAGAUGCAAUCCAAGAUGCGGUAGAGAGCCUUCAAGUGAAAGGAUUCCUGGAGGUGCAGAAGUCACUUCCUUAAAAUCAUUUGCUUUAACAACAGCUACAGUCAUGUUAUCAUUUUUUUUUCCAUUCUGCUAAUAAUCGAUUAGUA